AUGUUAUUUACACCUUUGAAAGAUAGCAAGUGGCGGCUUCUUUAUUUGAGCAGCUUGUGUAUCCCUAACAAUAAUGUUUACUCAGCAAAUGACAUCUCUUCGGAAAAUCCCGUGGGGAAGUUUGUAUUUUUUCCUUUUCAAGCGAUAUCUUGGUUAAAGAAGAAAUGUAUUUCCGUUCUUGGUGAAAUUCAUAAGUCAGAGAUGUUUAUUUCCAGUCUCAGUACUGAUGCCAAUCAUUUGCCAGUCUCAGUACUGAUGUCAAUCAUUUCCUUUUCCAAUCAUACUGCUGAUGUCAAUCGUUUGUUACCAAUCUCAGUACUGAAUUUACCAGUUUCAGUACUAAUGUAA